GACGCCAUCAGCCAAAAGCUACGUCCGCUCGUCCCCAGCAGCAGCGGUGGCGGGGCGUAAACGUCAGCAAGUUCGUCAUCCUACAGCUCCAGUCGGAGAACGACUGGAACUGCAGGUCUGCCGCCAGCAACGCCAUCUUCAGGAUUUGGGGCGACUGCGACUGCGCAGGUAUGCUGGGGCGGGGUUCACGUCACCCCUCCCCUUCCACGCCUGCGGGACCAAUGAUCAGCGAGGGCCCCGGGCCGGGUAAAUCCUUAGAAGCCGGAAUUUUUAGCCGAGGGGGCAGCCCCGCCCCUGGCUCCUCCCGGCCCUUGCGCCCCGCCUCGCGCCGUUGCUGCCCCACCUCCCUCCCCGACCUGCCUGCCCAGCUGCGGGAUGACACAGGGCUUCAGCUUGGGAAGGGGGCGAAGUAAGCAAGUUAGACGGCGUUUUGGCGGCGGCACCACCCCCAAAUUUGUUUAAUUGCCCAAUUACCGCUGAUGAAGAUAAGUUGGAGUAAUUGCUGAAACUGAAUUUUAUUGACCAGAAGACAGUCCAUUUGUUUUUCUUUUUUUUUUGUUUUCCCUACUGCUUUGAGCUUUUACUGUAACGGCUGAAAAACUUGGAAAAUAAAGUGAACAUGCUGUGGUCUUGAACAUAAUUUUUUUUUUUGGAGGAAAAAUAUAAGUGCCAGAGUGAAAACCAGAAUGGCAUCCAGAGAGAGGCUCUUUGAACUUUGGAUGCUUUAUUGUACAAAGAAAGAUCCAGAUUACCUGAAGCUAUGGUUGGAUAAUUUUGUUUCUAGCUAUGAACAGUUUUUAGAUAUUGACUUUGAAAAGCUGCCUACCAGGGUAGAUGAUGUGCCUCCAGGAAUAUCUCUGCUUCCUGAUAAUAUUCUGCAGGUUCUGAGGAUCCAGCUACUACAGUGUGUUCAGAAAAUGGCAGAUGGGUUAGAGGAACAACAACAAGCUUUGUCAGUUUUGCUUGUCAAGUUCUUCAUUAUUCUUUGCAGGAAUCUAUCUAAUGUGGAAGAAAUUGGGACUUGCUCAUACAUUAAUCAUGUCAUCACUAUGACAACACUCUUUAUUCAGCAAUUAAAAAGCAAAAAAAAAGAGAAGGAACUGGCAGAUCAGACAUCUAUUGAAGAAUUUGUUAUCCAUGCACUGGCAUUUUGUGAAAGCUUGUAUGAUCCAUAUCGGAAUUGGAGGCAUAGAAUUUCAGGACGAAUCCUUAGUGCUGUGGAAAAGAGCAGACAGAAAUAUAAACCAGCUUCUCUCACAGUGGAGUUCGUCCCUUUCUUUUAUCAGUGUUUUCAGGAAAGUGAACAUCUCAAGGAAAGUCUUAAGUGUUGUUUAUUGCAUCUCUUUGGAGCCAUUGUAGCUGGUGGACAGAGGAAUGCCUUGCAAGCAAUUUCUCCAGCCACCAUGGAAGUUCUUAUGAGAGUUUUGGCAGAUUGUGAUUCCUGGGAGGAUGGAAAUCCUGAAGAAGUGGGUAGAAAGUUAGAACUUACUUUGAAGUGCCUCACAGAAGUUGUGCAUAUCCUUCUCACUAGCAGCUCUGACCAGCGUCAAGUGGAAACCAGCGCUCUUCUGGAGAGCUAUUUUAAAUUGCUAAACUCAGAUCAUUCAGCUUUAUCUAGUCAAAGGAGGUCCAGACAGUGGGAAAGCCGGUUCAUAGCUUUGCAGAUCAAAAUGUUGAAUACCAUCACAGCCAUGUUAGACUGCACAGAUAGGCCUGUUUUGCAGGCCAUUUUUCUAAACAGUAAUUGCUUUGAACAUCUCAUACGACUACUACAGAACUGCAAGCUAUUUUUAAAUGCUAACAAUAAGGUGGCAGACAAGAAUGAGAAAGACCUUGCCAACAAAUUACUGACAGAAAUGAAUGAGGACCAGAUGUUGCAGGGACAAUUGGAUUGUUUGGCUGUUUCAACCAUUCAGGCUUUGACAGCAGUAAUGAACAAAUCUCCAGCUGCUAAGGAAGUAUUUAAAGAAAGAAUUGGUUAUACCCAUAUGUUUGAAGUAUUAAAAUCCCUGGGUCAGCCACCACUGGAACUACUUAAAGAACUUAUGAAUAUGGCUAUAGAGGGUGACCACACUUCAGUUGGGAUUUUGGGGAUUAGUAAUGUCCAGCCUCUCUUGCUUCUUAUCCAGUGGCUUCCAGAGCUAGAAUCCCAUGAGCUGCAAAUCUUCAUUUCUGAUUGGCUGAAAAGAAUUUGUUGUAUUAAUAGGCAAAGUCGAACUACUUGUGUCAAUGCAAAUAUGGGAAUUCGAAUCAUUGAAACCCUUGAUUUCCAUUCUUACCUUCAUCGAACUUGUGCUGAGAACUUGAUUGCACUUCAUGGAUCCUUGGGGAGUCAGUCAGUGAGCUCAGAAGAAAUCCGUCGACUACUAAGAUUGCUGAGAGUGGAUGAAUCUGAGUAUAUUCACCCUUACACCACUCCUGUGACUCGAGCAAUCCUGACAAUGGCCCGAAAGCAAAGUUUAGAGAGCGCACUUCAGUAUUUUAAUUUGUCACAUAGUAUGACAGGAAUUUCUGUGCCUUCCAUACAGAAAUGGCCAGGGUCUGCGUUUUCUUUCAGUGCUUGGUUUUGCUUAGAUCAGGGUCAGUUGACUCUUGGCAACGCUAACAAAGGAGGAAAAAGAAAACAAUUGUACAGCUUUUUUACAGGAAGUGGCAUGGGUUUUGAAGCUUUUAUUACCCAUUCAGGCAUAUUGGUUGUGGCAGUGUGCACAAAACGAGAAUAUGCUACAGUUAUGCUUCCUGACUACAGUUUCUGUGAUUCCCUCUGGCACAAUAUAACUAUUGUCCACAUGCCUGGAAAAAGGCCCUUUGGUCAGAGCUUUGUCUAUAUCUACGACAAUGGACAGCAGAAGGUGUCUGCCCCUCUCAGAUUUCCUGCCAUGAAUGAACCUUUUAUCUCCUGCUGCAUUGGUUCAGCUGGGCAAAGAACCACCACUCCUCCACCAUCACAAAUCCCAGAUCCACCUUUUUCUUCUCCCAUUACCCCUCAUCGGACAUCGUUUGGUGGAAUUCUGUCAUCAGUCUCCUGGGGAGGAGCAACUGAAAAAUCAAAACUGAUUACCAAAUUGAUAUCAGCUGGAACCCAAGACAGUGAAUGGGGAUGUCCCACAUCUCUGGAGGGUCAGCUAGGGUCUGUUACCAUAUUCUAUGAAGCACUACAGCCUCUUCAGGUGAAGGGAUUAUAUUUAGUAGGUCCAAACUGUUUAAGCCCUUGGAAGUUUCAAGAGUCUGACAUGGCUGACCUGCCUGGUAACGUCCUUCUUCACUACACUGCAAAGGCUUGCAAAAAUUCAAUCUGUCUUGAUUUAUCUACUAAUUGUUUGCAUGGAAGAUUAACAGGAAACAAAGUAGUGAAUUGGGACAUUAAGGACACCAUAAAUUGCAUAGGUGGAUUAAAUGUACUCUUUCCUCUAUUGGAACAAAUCACCCACUUUAGUGAAAGACAGAUUGCUGAAGGAAUGAAUGAAAGCACAGUUUCUGAACUGAUAACACCUGUAGAUGGAGAUUGGGUGGUAUUGACUUCAAUAAAGGCUUCAGAGUCAAGACUAGAGAGAAAUUUAAUUGCAACAUUUAUCUUGAUUGUGAAACACUUUAUUCAAAGACAUCCUAUCAACCAGGACAAUCUUAUUCACUCCCACGGAGUAGCUACCCUUGGUGCCUUACUUCAGAAGGUGCCAAGCACCUUGAUGGAUGUUAAUGUAUUGAUGGCAGUCCAAUUACUAAUUGAACAGGUGUCAUUGGAGAAAAAUUUACAGCUCCUACAACAAAUUUAUCAGUAUUUACUCUUUGAUUUCCGUAUUUGGAAUCGUGGAGAUUUUCCCUUUCGAAUUGGUCAUAUCCAAUACCUUUCCACCAUCAUCAAAGACAGCAGGAGAGUUUUCCGAAAGAAGUAUGGUGUGCAGUUUCUCUUAGAUACACUUAGGAUUUAUUAUGGGAGUGAUUGCAAAUAUAGUGAGCUGUCUCUAGAUGAUAUUCGAACAAUAAGGACUUCUUUGUAUGGGCUCAUUAAAUAUUUUCUGUGCAAAGGUGGAACUUAUGAAGAGAUACAAAGUAUUAUGGGUUACAUAGCUGCUGUCAGUGAAGAAGAACAGCUCUUUGGAAUUUUGGAUAUACUCUUCAGUCUUCUACGUACCAGCCCAACCCGAGGCCAGCUUUUCUUACUGCUGUUUGAACCAGGAAAUGCUGACAUACUUUAUGCCUUGCUCUUAAACCAAAAGUAUUCUGACAGACUAAGAGAAAUCAUUUUUAAGGUUAUAGAACAAAUGUUGAAAUGCACAAACGUUUAUGAACGAAGUAAACAACGUAUUCGACUUAGAGAAGUUGGCUACUCAGGAUUGGGACUCCUUCUCAAUGAAGCACCUGUUACUACAUCUCUUAUUAAAAGCCUCACUAAUCAAAUCAUAAAUACAGAUCCUGUUAUUAAUUUCAAGGAUCUGUUAUCUAUCGUAUAUCUAUCUCACAGAGCAUAUAUAAACGUCAGGGUGGUCAUCUGCAGAAAGAUUUUGCAGAUUUUACAGUCCCAGACAGAUGCAGCGCAUCAAAUAUCUCAACAAGUGGGUUGGCAAGACACUUUAGUUAGGCUUUUUUUAAAAGAUAAUUUUGAAAAUGGAAAUACUUUUCAGAAGCAAAUUAGGACAGUUUUGAAGAAAGACAAUGAUAAACUUGUAUCAGCUGAAGGUAUUAAGAGGAACUUUGAUGAAAAGACUGAUGAAGAAAAAACCGACACUUCUGCCUCAGCUAACAAGUCUUCAGAUCAGUGGAGUUUAGAAGACAGACAUUCUUUAGACUCAAACACACCAUUAUUUCAAGAAGAUAGUUCAGUGAGAGUGUUGUCUUUUAAAUCAGAGAAUCAAGAAGAAUUCUGGCAUAAUAACCUCUCACAUUUGAGUUUAGAUUUCAGUGGAAUUGACUCAUGUGAACUGGGUGAUAUUGGAAAUCAAAUGCCAGACAGUCUGCCUAGCACACCAUCCCCAAUAGAGUCUUCUAAACGAUUUUCUGGGCAGUCUGACAAAGAAAGCAGCAUUACAAAUGAUGCAGGCUUCACUGAUGACUUCUCUUUACUUGAAAGCCAAGAGAGAUGUGAGGAGGAGCUUCUUCAAUUACUGACAAGUAUUUUGAACUAUAUAAUGUGUAAGGGACUAGAAAAAUCUGAUGAUGAUGCUUGGAUUGAACGCGGGCAAGUGUUUUCGGCACUAACUAAACCAGGAAUGUCCAGUGAGCUACUGCGACCAUCAGAUGAAAUAAAACUAAUUUUGCUACAGAAGAUGUUAGAAUGGGCUGUCACAGAAAACAGAGAAGCAAAACUUAAUCCAGUAACUGCUGAAAAUGCCUUCCGACUCAUUCUGAUCAUACAGGACUUUCUGCAGUCAGAGGGACUUGUUAAUUCUAACAUGUGGACUGAAAAGCUCUUAGAGGAUAUGAUGCUGCUCUUUGACGGCCUGUCAGUUUGGUAUUCUGAAAGUCCAAUAUGGGCAAAACUUUCUCAAAUUCAAAUCCAGUUGCUUCUAGGAUUCAUUGGAUGGGGUGAUUUUCAGGUUUGUGCAAUGGCAUCAGCUAAGCUAAAUACCCUUCUUCAGACCAAAGUGAUUGAAAAUCAAGAAGAAGCGUGUUACAUUUUAGGGAAGCUGGAAUAUGUUCUAAGUCAAUCCAUCAAGGAACAGACUGAAAUUUACUCAUUUCUGAUUCCCCUUCUCCGUACCCUGGUUUCCAAAAUUUAUGAGCUUCUCUUCAUGAACUUGCACCUGCCCUCAUUUCCUUUUACCAACGGUAGCUCCUCAUUUUUUGAAGAUUUUCAAGAAUAUUGCAGUUCAAAUGAAUGGCAAGUUUACAUUGAAAAAUAUAUUGUACCUUAUAUGAACCAAUAUGAAACCCACACAUUUUAUGAUGGUCGUGAGAACAUGGCACUUUACUGGAAGGAUUGUUAUGAAGCCUUAAUGGUGAAUAUGCAUAGACGAGACCGGGAAGGAGGAGAAAGCAAGCUCAAGUUUCAGGAGUUUUUUGUGGAGCCAUUUAAUCGAAAAGCCCGCCAAGAGAAUUUAAGGUAUAAUAGUAUUCUUAAACAACUUAGCAGUCAACAGGUAGCCACGCUGAGAUGCUGGAAGGCAAUACAGCUCUAUGUUACAUGUGAAAGAGGACCUUGGGCUGAAAGGAAACAAAAUCCAAUUCAUUGGAAACUAGCUAAUGUAGAAAAUUACUCCCGCAUGAGACUUAAAUUGGUGCCAAAUUAUAGCUUCAAAAGCCAUGAUGAAGCUAGUGCCUUGAGAGAUAAUCUAGGUGUCCAACACUCACAGCCUUCCAGUGAGUCAUUGCUUUUGGAAGCAGUGAAACAAGUAAAAGUUAGUGGUAUGGAAGAGGAUAAAUUAGACAUUCCUGAAGAAGAUACAACAGCCAGAGUAAAUGUUAAUGAGAAAGAAGAACAGGAUCAAAAAGAAAAAUUGGUGCUGUCAGAAGACUGUGAACUCAUUACAAUAAUUGAUGUAAUUCCUGGCCGAUUAGAAAUCACUACUCAGCACAUUUACUUCUAUGAUGGCAGCAUUGAAAAAGAAGAUGGUGUAGGCUUUGAUUUUAAGUGGCCUCAUUCUGAAGUUCGAGAGAUUCACCUGCGACGUUACAACUUAAGGCGGUCAGCCCUUGAGAUUUUUCAUGUUGACCAAUCCAACUACUUUCUCAAUUUCAAAAAAGAGGUUAGAAACAAAGUGUAUAGCAAACUGUUGUCACUUCAUUCUCCAAAUAGUUAUGGAACCAGAUCACCACAGGAGUUAUUCCAAACAUCAGGAUUGACACAGAAAUGGGUGAACAGAGAAAUAUCAAAUUUUGACUAUCUAAUUCAAAUAAAUACAAUGGCAGGACGAACCUAUAAUGACCUCGCACAGUAUCCUGUGUUUCCCUGGAUUUUACAAGAUUAUACUUCAGAAGAGUUGGAUCUUAAUAAUCCAUCUGUAUUUCGAGACCUUUCCAAACCAAUUGGAGUAGUUAAUGAUAAAAAUGCCAAAGCCGUGAGAGAAAAAUAUGAAAAUUUUGAGGAUCCUAUGGGAACUAUUGAUAAAUUUCAUUAUGGUACUCACUAUUCAAAUUCUGCCGGAGUGAUGCACUAUCUUAUUCGUACAGAACCGUUCACCACUCUUCACAUCCAGCUUCAGAGUGGAAGGUUUGACUGUGCAGAUCGACAAUUCCAUUCCAUCCCUGCUACCUGGCAGGCUCUCAUGGACAAUCCAUAUGAUGUGAAGGAACUUAUUCCUGAGUUCUUCUACUUCCCAGAGUUUUUGGAAAAUCAAAAUCAAUUUAACUUGGGUCAUCUACAAGUUUCCAAAGAACUAGUAAAUGAUGUAAUUCUCCCCAAAUGGGCUAAGUCAGCUGAAGAUUUCAUCUGUAAACAUAGGAAAGCUCUGGAGUCUGAAUAUGUUUCUGCUCAUCUUCAUGAAUGGAUAGAUUUGAUUUUUGGCUAUAAACAGAGGGGGCCAGCUGCAGUGGAAGCCCUCAAUGUUUUCUAUUACUGUAGUUAUGAAGGAGCUGUGGAUCUGGAUGCCUUAACAGAUGAGAAGGAAAGAAAAGCCUUAGAAGGGAUGAUUAAUAAUUUUGGGCAAACACCUUGUCAACUGUUAAAGGGACCACAUCCUCCUAGAUUAUCAGCAGAGGAAGCAGUACAGAAGCAGACCAAAACAGAUACUUCAACCUUAAACCUCUUUCAGCACCUCCCUGAACUCAAGUCAUUUUUUAUAGAGGGUAUCAGUGACAAUAUUCCACUUAUAAAGGCCAUUGUCCCCAAAAAUCAGUCUCGUUCUUUUAUGUCUCAAGGCAGUCCUGAGUUACUGAUAACAGUAAGUAUGAAUUAUGUUAUUGGAACCCACGGAUGGCUGCCUUAUGACAGAAACAUUUCUAAUUACUUUACAUUCAUCAAGGAUCAAACUGUGACAAAUCCCAAAACUCAGCGUAGUAUGAAUGGUCCUUUUGCUCCAGGGCUGGAGAUUACUUCUAAACUGUUUAUAGUAUCACAUGAUGCAAAGUUGCUUUUCAGUGCUGGACACUGGGAUAAUAGCAUUCAAGUGAUGUCACUUAUAAAAGGCAAAAUUAUUUCACACAAUAUUAGACAUAUGGAUAUUGUGACUUGUUUAGCUACAGAUUACUGUGGAAUACAUUUGAUUUCUGGUUCCAGAGAUACUACAUGUAUGAUAUGGCAAAUAACGCAACAGGGAGGCAUUCCUGUGGGUUUAGCAUCUAAACCCUUUCAGAUUCUAUAUGGACACACUGAUGAGGUAUUGAGUGUUGGCAUCAGCACUGAGCUAGACAUGGCAGUAUCAGGAUCAAGGGACGGCACUGUGAUUAUACAUACCAUUCAGAAAGGUCAGUACAUGAGGACUUUACGACCACCUUGCGAGAGUUCUCUACUCCUGACCAUUCCCAAUUUGGCUAUAUCUUGGGAGGGACAUAUUGUCAUCUACUCCAGCAUUGAAGAACAGAUCAACCUCAAGGAUAAGAAUGCAUUACAUCUGUUUUCUGUAAAUGGCAAGUAUCUAGGGUCUCAAGUCCUCAUGGAACAAGUAUCAGAUAUAUGUAUAAUUGGCGAACACAUUGUCACAGGCAGCUUACAAGGGUUCCUGUCCAUAAGAGAUCUACACAGCUUGGAUCUCUCCAUUGACCCAUUAACCAUGAGAUCGCCUAUCCACUGUGUUUGUGUAACCAAAGAAUACAGCCAUAUUCUUGUAGGAUUAGAAGAUGGCAAAUUGAUUGUUGUGGGUGUUGGCAAGCCAGCUGAGAUGCGCUCAGGUCAGCUUUCUCGAAAAUUGUGGGGAUCUAGCAAGCGGCUCAGCCAGAUUUCAGCUGGAGAAACUGAAUAUAAUACUCAAGAUUCCAAGUGAUUGUUAUUUCCAUAUUCUGUCAUGGAUAACUGAAACUUUCGACUUACUUCUUUGUCACUUUAACCACAUCUCUCAACUGUCUGAAAUGUUGCAAGGACUUUUAUCCUUGAAAAUCAUUUAGGGAUUAUCAGAAUUUGGUAUGACAUGUGUACACAGACAAAGGUUGUAUAUUAUCUACUUUAAAAAUUUCUAGUUAACAUUAUUGAAUCUAAUCUUAUUAACUAAUUGUUCAUCUACACUAAAGUAGAUUUGAGAAAAUUUAUUUGAUUAGAGUUAGUGGUCCGUUCCUAAAGAUCAUUGGAUCCAUUUUUAAAAACAAACUUCUAAAAAUGAAGAAGUUAAGUUCAAUUUGUUUAUUAUUCUUAACAGAAAAAUUUAAGUUAUUUCCACAAAAGAGUACAAAUAAUGGGACAGUUGAGAGACAUGGCUUUCCAUACAUCCUUUAGUUAAUAAUUUUCCUAUUUACUGACCAUUAUUUUAAAAACCAUCAGUUUAUUUAUGGAACUCCUGAAUGAGUAAUAUUUUAAAAGAAUCUGUUUCAUAACGGGAUUUUAAAACAGUAUAAAUUCCAAGUUUUCAUGAUGGGUUGAAAAUAAACUAUUGAAACUGGUACACUGGCACAUUCCACUACUAUUUAGCACAUUACUAAUGAGAUUUUAGUGAAAUGUAUUAUUUUCCUUAAGUAAUCAAGUGUAAGGGAAUAAGAGAACCUAGAGAUACAUUUUGUAGAUGUAUUUUAUUAGUAGCAUAAAUAAGGAAAAAUGUUCAUUAUGAUUUUGACAGUUGGGUCAUUUUAAGUAGAAUUUGCAGCACAAUUUGUAUCUACAAAGUUUGAAUUUUCUUGGCUUUUUCUUUACUAAGCAAGUACUGUGAUUUUUCCCCCAGAAAUUAAAGUGUCAGCAAUGAAACACAAAUAUAUUAAGUUUUUCCCUAGGACUUCUGUGUGAUUGACGAAUGAAUUGAAAAGUAUAGGCAUAACUUAAACUAGUCUUUAGAUAUAGUGGUAUUUUUAAAUGUGCAUUUCUUAUUUCAUGCUAUAUAUAAAUUUUAGAAUUACAGUGAAUUUUAUUAUACAUAGCUAAAUGAUAUAUUUUGCUUUACUAUUCAAGAUUAUAAAAUUAAAGGCGAAUAGAUAUAUUUUGGAAUUCAAAGGGACUGUUAAACCUAGUGCUUUUAUAAGCUUCUCUUUUGAGUUAGGUCAGAGAGCUUUUAUAACCAUAAGUGUCCUUUAUCUGAGAUUCCAUAGGUUUUAAGGAAUUUAAGAAUCCCCCGAAAUUAUUCAAAAAGUCUGUAUAUUAACUGCAUUUUUUCAGGAGUGAAUGGUUGUGUGGCUUUCUUAAAGUGGUAUGUGAUCAGAAAAAAAAAGCUUUUGCAAUACUAUCUUCUUAAAGUAAUAUUGCUUUUAUUCCACAAAUCAUAAAUUUCUUUACAUCCGAUUGUUUUCUCAGCUGAAUCUUUUCCCUCUUCAACUCUUCCCUGUUGCCCACAAUAUCUAAUACUCUUUUCUUUAUAAUCCUGUGAGUGAGUAAAAUUUUUUUAAGAUGUAAAGGGUUCUUUUUGGGAAGCUUUUUGAAUAGAUUAGAUCUAUUUGAGUCAAGACUAAUGAAAGGUUGUAUAAGAAUUUUCUUUCCAAUUACUUAAAAUCCUCUGGUUUAUUCAGAAAAAAAAGUUAUGUUUAGGUGAACAAUACUGAAAUAAACUAGUGCAGUGAGUGUAAAGUAGAACAUAAGUAAAUGUGAAGGUUUCCUUCUUGAGGACUUCAGGAGUUUGUGGUGAAAAUGUCUCAAAAUAAAUCAGUAGACAUAAUGAUGACUUACUGAGACUUACUGCUUCUAUGAGUUUACUUCAUUCUAUUUCCUUUUUUACCUUACUCAUUUUCAUAGGUUUCAAGUCAGCAGAACCAACACGAUUGAUUUUUGGCAUUUUAAAAGUUGAUUUUUGGAAAAAUGAUUUCUAAAUCAAAACUUUAAAAAGUUCUCUUCCAGGGAUUUUGGUAUAAGGAUGCCUUUGUUAUUUUUAAGGCCAUUUAAUACUGGUUUUGGAAGUCAUUUUGGAUGCUUAUAAGUUACAAAAAGUUUAUCAGGGAAAAAUUCCUAGAUUUAUGGUGUUUUACUUUGCUGCUUUUUAGAUGGGGUAAUUGGACAAGCAGUCUUCAUUUUAUAGCACAAAUAAGAAGCAGCUCUGUUCACAGUAAAAUAGAUACCCUACAUAGACUAACAGUAGAUGUCAGGACAGUAGAAUUUUUAUACUUUUUCCAAAAAGGAAAAGCCAAAAAUAUAGAACUUCAAGGAAAAUCUUUGUCAACAGUCUGGAAGAACAGAACUUAAAAAGUUUAUCUAAUAAACAAAUACAGUAGAACCAUUAGCUGAAUAAUAUGUUCCUCAUUUAAACAUUUUAGCACAUUGAAUUAAAAAAUCACUAGGUAAAAUCACUGGAAAGAUAUACUUUGGGGAAUUCUGGUCUAUUUAAAUGUUAUCCAUUGAAAAUAUUUCUAUAUUGUAAAAUGGGAGAAGUUAACAAUAUCAUUAAAAUGGAAUAACCAGUGGACAUUUCAGUUGAUAUGAAGAUAAUAUCUCAGACAACCUUCAAAAUUUGUUGUCUUUGAAGAGCUUCCUAUUUGCUUCUGUUUCUUGACACUGGUGAUGAUAGAAAUAUCAGCAUCCUGGUGAUGGGGAGAUAGAUAGACUCUGAAUUAAUGACUUCAUGUUUAGAAAAUGAGGUCAAAUAUUAAAACAUAAUAGCUGUGUUCACUUAGAAAAUAAAGAAUCUUUAUAAAACAUUUUCUUCAAUUCUCCAGAUCAAUAUUCUAUCAUUACUUAGAUAACACUGGAGGAGAGAAGAAAAAGUCGAUCAGGGCAUGAAAAUUAGGAAGGUAUAUAAAGAUGAAGGUAAGCCAGUAGAUAGAUUUUUAAGCCUGUGAAGCUUGUCAGCUAUGAGUAAGUUUCUGUCAAUUUCCUUUAGGUCAUAGUGCUUUUCUUAGGUCACAUCCUUUUGUAGGAGAGAAAAUGCCAAAUACUCACUUGUUAUUAGCAAGGAACAUCAGUGAGGCUUACUUUUUUCUCUGUGUAAGGCAUGUAAGAAUUAUCCUUGAAGAACUGGUACCUUGAAUCAAUUUUAUGCUUCUGAAUUCUCAUAAUCAGAAUUUAGACUUGAAAGUUGAAUCUUAAACUAAGGUGUUUUAUGUUUUGCUUGAGUAAGAGUAGGCAGAGAAAAUUGUUCACUUGAAUACCAGAUUUUUAUUUAAUGAUGACAGACACCCAGCCUUUGCCUUUAAAUAAAUUUUAUAUUGUUACUUUGAAAGAAAUCACUAAGGUAAAUCUUUUAAUUGACUUUAAAAAUUUUAGGUCCUUUCAUAUAUUAACAUUUAUAAAAUGAGUAGCAUUGUCAUUGUCUUUGUCAUCUUUCCAAUGAAAAGAUUCAAGUACAUAGACUAUGUUAAAUAUAAAUAUUAUAUAAAUAUUAAAUAAUAUAUAAUAUGUAAUACACAGUGUGUGGAUGUGAAGGUUGGUGUCUCUUCAACUACAUCAUUAAUAACUCUCCUCUGCAAAUAAAUUGUUAAACCUGUCUUUAGGAUUUAAGUUUUGACUAAAACAAGAAAUGAAAUCUGAUCUGUUGUUUUCCUUUAUUAGUCAGACUCAUAGAUUGUCUGAAUUGCUGUUCUUCUCAUCAGCUGAAAUUGUCCUUUCCCAGUAAGUCUUAAUAUUUGAUUUGCUUUAAACUUGACCCCCAUCUGGAACAUUGUUCUGGAGAAUUUUCCUACAUCAGAUUCCUGCUGGUACUUUUUCUGAUGUCAUUAAGCAACAACAUAGUGUUACCAGUCAUCAUUUCAUUAUUAAAAUGUUGGCCACAGCCUUACUUCUUUAAUUUGAAUCUAGCAUUUUCUAAGCCAGUGCUUUUUAAUUGAGAUUGCAGAUCAGACUUGUUUGUGAAGUUUUAUAAAUACAGAAAUCUGGGCACUGCUCUGGACUUUCUGAAUCUCUUUACUUGAUAUUCUUGGUAUUAAAAAAUUGUGUUUCUGAAUUAUUAUAUUAAAUCUUAAAGAAGUUUUCUUCAUAGAAACUAUAUCCAGUUAUUAGAUAAAAUUAGAUCUGAUAUUCACAGGCCUAUCUGAAAAAUAGUUUAAUUAUUAUCAUAGGAGACAUUGUAUCCAAAAUUUGCUUGGGAUGGCUUACUUAUCUUUGUUUUGCAUGCCAUAGAAAACACCAAAUUUCCUUUUUAGCUGCAUUAUUCUUAUCAUAAACUCUAUUCUGACCUUUCACAGUUGAAAUAGUAACUAAUAUUUGCCUCUAAAAAGUGUUUGCUUUUAUUAGUUCCUAGUGACUAUCAGUGAAUAUUGCAUAUUUGAAUUAACUAAUAUUUUAAGGUAUUAAUAAGAGCAUGAGUAAUAAAACACUAGAUUUAAAACAGAAUUAGAUUUUUUAUAGCCAUGAUGGCAGUAAUCAAUAGUUUUCCUAACUAAAAAGCAUUGGAUAAAUUCCCUAAGUACUUCUGAUGGCUUUUGUAAGUAUAGCCUCUGUGUGGAAGUAAUUUUUAAUAUUUUAUAUGAAAAAUACUAGUGUUACAGAAAAUAAAGCAUUAACAUUCAAGAUAUUAGGCUUAUUGAAAUGAUUCUGUUUUCUACAUUAAAAAUACAAGGCUAUUGUAGGUUAGAGGAAUUACAUAAUUUUCUUCAGUAUUAGAACCUUGUGUAUAAGUGGUUAUAUAUCACCAUACUUUUCUGUAGCUUGUACUAAUUCAUUAGACACAUUUUCUUAGAUUACCUCACUGACAUUUGUCACAUGUGGAUAAUUUCUAAUCGUAGGGUGUGGACCUAUGAAGCUAAUGACUUCAGUGAAAAACAAGAGAUACAACUAUAUUUAGUUUUGUCUUAAUGCCUAUAAUCUUAUGAACUGAAAAUUCAAAUGAAAAGAACAAGUAGAAAUCACUAAUUGAACAUUUGUUUUCCAUAGUAUAGUUUUAAUAUGCUUCCUUGGAAGCCUAUUUUGCAAUAUUACCAUAAUAAUAAUAAUAACAACAACACAACUUUGGCAUUGAAAGAAUUACCUAUUCAUUUUUCAAAGUUGACUGUGAGUUGAGUUUGGAUGUUUGUGUGUGUAUGUGUGUUUUUAUUUAUAAUAUAAUAGCUGUCUCAUUAUUUAAAAUGUUUUACUAUUUUUGAAUGUACAGAGUGAUAGCUAUUUGAAAAUAAUACUACAAUGUAGCAUUGUAAUUUGAGUAUAAAGAAAAGUUAGGAUUUAAACAAUGUUGCUCAUGUGAUUGUAUAUUAAUGAUAUAAUAAAAAAAAGUUAGGAUUUAAGUAGUAUUGAAAAAUAAAAUUAUAUUUUAUUGAUUGAAUUUUAAACUUUAAAAUGUCUUACUCCAAUUGGACCUUUAAAAUUUUUAUUUUGGUAGUAAAUUAUUUCAGCUUAAUAUGUGUUGAAACCAAAGGUUCUCUGGUAGCCAGUGUACUAAGUAGUUAAUGUAAAAAUGAUGUUUUUGAUGUUCCUUCUCUUGAAAUCAUUUUCCCACACUAAGCAAUGUGUUUUAAGAUUUAGUGGGCUCAACCUACAACUUCAACAAACAAUCCUCUUCUGUUUUGAAAGGAAAAAAAAUCUAUUAUGCGAGUCAUAUUAUUUUGCUAUUCAGAAUGCUAAAAUUAGAUUAAUCAAUAAACACCUUAGAAAGUGUUUCUGGUAAGGAAAUACUAGUUGUCUUAACUGAAAAAAAUUUCAACAUCCUAGUUUCUUACAUAGGCAUUAAAAAGAAUAACUUUAUUUCUUCUUUUGGAAUUUUGAUUACUUUGUCUUGAAUAACUUUUAAAAUAUUUAAUUAGAAUAAUUUCUACACUUCUCCCAAAAUUAUGGUA